GGACGCCAAAAUCGGACGGCCCUCGGACACAUUCGCGCUGUCCUUGGUGGCCCCGCUGCCGGCGGUGCGGGUCACCGGCUUGCGCGGCGCCUCACGCAACGUCGACGACGUGCGCGCGGUGGAGGCGUUCCUGGAGCAGGAGCUGGGAAAUUUCGACAAGAACGCGAGCACCGUCUUUCACGAGACGCUUACGCAGAAGUAUGGCGUGCUCACGCGGUCCACUAGCGCUUCCUUCAACCGGACGAGUCCAGACGUGGUGCACGGCCGGCUCAGUUACGGCACUGAGGCAAAUAAGACCUACGCGGGCGUGACAAUCGGGGAUGACACCGUUACGCAACCGCUGCCACCGCCGAAUCAGGAUAGCGACAGCAAGCGCUACGACAUCCGCUUCGUCCAGGCGUCGGGAACCCUGCGAACGCGCGACCUUACGACCUACACGGACGAGGCCUUGGUCACUCUUCUACACGAUGCGCUUACGCAGUCGACUGUUCUACAGCGACACAGCCUGUCGAAAGACAAGUCGCAGGUGCUCUUUGACACGAUUGAGCCGAAGUUCGACGACGUUAACGGCUUCACCUUCGCCCGGCACUUUGUCUUCAUCGUGCAGUUGCGCAAAUUCACCUCGCUAGAGAUCGGUAACUUGAUUGCAGACUUGCAAGGCUCGAAAUUGGCGGCAGAGAUCGACGGAGUGAUGGCCACAGCCUCGGCGGGAGGCGCGAACUCGACCGGCCCGGGGAUUCUGCUGGCGGAGGUGAGCCAGGCGUCCCUUGCCAGUAUGACGGAGGCUACUGUGCAGCUCGUGCACGACCAAGUCACGGGUUGCUAUGACUACGUCCUGACGGGGAAGGAGGAUAAUUGCCAGAUGAAAGUGCACCCCUACAAGCAGGGAACCAAAACAGAGGAACUCCUCGUCGCCGGGUUGAAGUCGAUCAUGGACAUCAACAUCGGGCCUGCGCUGGUGUACUACGACAUUAUUCACUACCAUGGCAUACUCUUCCCAGAAAAGCACAGACAAAAGUGGUACCAUGUUCCCGCAGACACGGGAAGCUCGACGCAAGCCGUUCUUGCCCUCCUAAAGUUUGCUAUUCCCUUCUCCUCUCCUGCGGUAGAGAAGGCCUUCGCUCGCGCCGACCUGUCGACGGGGGCUGGAAGCACCACAGAGAGCAGCUUCCUUAUAAAUUACAUCGAGUCGGGCUUCAGAGGUUUUGUCAAUGCCUUUUCGGACGGCGACAUCCACCCGAACACCAAGGCGCGGUACAAUGCCAUCGGUAACUUCCCCACAGAGGCGCCCAUUCUGACGCAAAUUGUUCAGCAGAAGUCCUGGUCCUUCGUGCGGGCUCAAUUUUCAGCGGACGACUUACUUUUUUCUCAGCACGAGGCGGAUGGCUUCGCAACGAUCAUGCCGACGACCAUGGCGCCGUUGGUUCAGAAGGCCGUGCACAGUGCAGUGGGGGCGCUUGCGCCUGCCUAUGCGUCGUAUUAUUCGAGCUUCAUCCAUCCUGCGGACCUGAUGGUGGCCUUCCCGUUGACAGGGAAUAAGGAUGCGGACUUCGCCGGUGGGAAGCCCGCGAAUGUGUCUACGUCCUUCAUAGUCUCCAUACCAGUUUGUAGCUACCAUUCGGAUAAUACUGGCACUUACGGAAAAAGCAACUCAGCGGACGUGGAAAACUCUAUGGCGAUCGCGGUGCGUGCGCUUAUGGUCGGACGUGGCUUGACGACCGAAGGCGACUACUUUUUGGACAUCGUGGCAAAUCGCCUGGCCUACAUGCGCGACACAAUUUACCAUUUGCAACGCCCGGCCCUGGCCAAUCCAGCCAAAAAGUCGGGCGGAGCCAAGACCGACCCGUCUCGGCUGAGCCGGCUCUCCUUUGUCAAGAGCGAGCUCGAGAUCGAGGUGACGAGCGGCAACUCUGCUGUGACCGACGCGACGGCCGUGACGGCGGCACUCGUAUCCGCCUUGACAGUAAGUGCUGCGCUCGCAGAUGAGAGCAUCACGCCGCCGACGGAUCGCACUCUGUCGGUCGUGUAUCGCGGGGAAGUUGCGGGGAAUGCAUUGGCCUCGAAGUUCGACGUUAUCAUGCAGGCCCUGGACACCAAAGUGUCGGCGCAGCGGACCUCUUUACUCGCGGUGCACGUCUCUAAGGACACCACGCUGAGUACCUCGACGGCAACUGCAGCGCGGACGCAUCUCGACGCGAAUGGAGCAAAUACUGCACGAGUCGAGUUCAUUUCGCGUUCGGAGCUCCAGUCGCAGUUGGCGAUACAGGUGGAGUUCAAGCACGACGGUGCACCUUACGCGGAUACUGCGGAGCUUGUGCCGAUCAUUCAACAAGCGAUGACGCUGGCGCUUCGGGAUGCGACGCAGGCGGACGCUCUUUCUGGGAUGGUUUCUGUCGUGCUGGUGGACGGCACCGCCCAGCGGGGUGAACCGCAGUUCACUCUGUCGGUUCCCCUGGAGGGGCCCGCCUAUGACUGGUUCUUCAACUCGGCGCCAAGCGGCUUUGCGUACUUCGCUUCGGAGCGUCUGGUGCCGGCGUUCGCGGACUCGAGCUUGGAAGCAUCCAAACGCCGCGUUGUGACGAGCGUGAAGGCGUCUGCGGUGUCCGAGCAUCGUAAUCGCGGCUUCGUGCAGGCUGAGUUCUCACUGGACCUCUACAGCAAUGCGGGGAAGCACAUUCUGCCGCCGAACCCGGUGAUGGCGCGGCUGACGCUGCAGGCUGCUUUGAACUCAGCCGUGGAAACUCUGGCGAAGCAACAGAGCGGCUCGCUCAGCACCUUUGUGAUAGAUCCCUUCAGCCUGAUUGGUUUGCAGCUCGAUGCCCCGUACCCAUCCGUGGAUCCGGUCCCGGAAUCGGUGCGACUGACCGGGCAACUGACGAUUCCGCUGGAUGACAGGCUGUCACAAGUGGGUGCGCUCCAGUUCAUGCUUGCCGAGAAUGCGAAAGCAAUGAGCGACAAAUUUGAGGAGCGCAUGACCCUUUUCGGCUUCAACGCAACGUUCGCCGCGAGCUAUCGCAGGAGCACAGCCGCCAUCAGCGCUGUGCAAACGCGUAUGGAGACGGGCGCUAGUUCGUACGUGGUCGUGCAGUCAGGCGCGCUCGAAGUGGACGCUGAGGAGUUUGACUUCUCGACGCGGAAGCAGGUGGCUGGAGCGGGCACUGCGAAUCAGCGUGAUCUCGAAGAAGCCGUCGAAGAGUUGACGCGCGAAGCGCUGUUCGACUCGCUGACGGCGCCGUUUGUGGCCGGGCGAGAGUUCGAUGGCCCCGUUCAGCCGCAUUUGCGAAGCCUGAUGCAGCGAGGCGCAUUCAACGCGCGCCACAUUGGCGCCAGCGCGGUGCUGUCCACGAAGACUGCGACCAACGGCAAAGUGGCAGUGAAUGGCAUCACUGGGGGGCCAGAGAACACGUUCCGCGUGACCUUCCUCGUGCCGGUCCAGGCGCCUUUUGUGAUGGAAGCCUCGCGAUUGUUGGGGCUCCUUUCAGACAGUGACGGCCUUACUUCUGCUUCUUGGCUCACGGCUGCGUUGCAAGCAAAGGCGCAGAGCCUCGGCCGUCGCUACAGCCUGAGUAAGAGCCGUAGUCUAUACGGUGUCAACAUCGUGGCCGUGCGGCCGUGGAAAGCGGCGGCAGAGAUUGUCAACCACUUCUACGCGAAGUUCAGUCUCGCUUCUGCCUUCUCUGGAACUCAUCCAACGAAGUCGUUGUUGGAUGAAUUCUUCGAGAGGGACUCGAGCUCGAUAAACGCCACAGCCAAACUCAACUGGCUGCGGGAGUCUUUCCAGUACGCUCUGGCGACGCAGGUGGGCAAGGCCAUGGGCUUUUUGCCAGCACAGUUUGACGAGGGUGCGAAGCGCAGCACCGUGCUAAGCCCCUUCGGCUCGUCUGCGACGGGAAGCGGCUUCUUGUCGACCACACAGGAUCCAUUUGCCUAUGCGCGCGACGGGGCGAGGUUUGAAGCUACGUCUCUUUGGGAGCCGGCGUUCGUUCCGGUGUUCACCACCCAAAUGGAGACGGACCGCGCGGAAGCCGCGGCAGCCGCUUUUGCGGGCAGUGGCACCGGGGCGAAGAUCGUCUUCGAAGUACUGUUGCCGGUGGCGCACACUGAGUUCGCGCCCGCGGGUUUGGAGAAUGUCACCACGAUCGCAAGCGCAAUGCAGCGGGACCUGGAGACCGCGCUGAGCCGUACGAGCGCAGCUUCGGAGGAGUUCAGCAUUGCGAAGCUGCAGUCCUGGACGCACGCGGGACACAUUGAGGGCCCGGAGCUUGCAGCAGAGGUGAGCGUCGCGGCUGCGACUCCAGCGCAAUUGCGUGUUCCAUUGCAGCUGGCGGGUCAUUACGCGGCGCAGCAGGUUGCGCAGUUGCAGAAUGUGCCAGGCUACUUGAGCCAAACGCUGGCGGCGCUGCAGGUAGUCCCAAGUGUCGUCUCGCAGGGUUCGCAAAAGUGGCACUUUCGCGUUUAUCUUCCGCCGCUGGGCAAUGGAACUGCCGUGCAAACAGAAAGCUCAACUGAUUUCGUCACCCGUCUUGUGACGCAGUUGCGUCAGUUAGGCGUUACUAUGGUGGGCGAUGUCGAUGCGGUAGCGAAGGUACACGGCCAGACUUACCGCCAGAUCUACCCAAGCAAGGGCGCAGGCAAAGUGUAUGGCGACCUGAGACAUCCGCGCGGGGCGCGCCUCGACUACGGUGAGACGCGGCUGCGCGUGGCCUACUUCCGAUUGCACGGCACUUUCCGCGUGCGCGUGCCGGAUGUGAGCAGCUAUUUUGUCACCGACAGUGUGACGGAGAGCGGGCUUUCGAAGCAGGUCAGCGACACGUUCGCUGCAUCGAAGUUGAAAACGCUGGUGCGCAGCGCUAUGACAGACGCGGCUACGAGUAUGGCGGACUGGACCAGCGCCGCGACGCUAGGUAGCGAAAAAUUGGAGGAAAUUUUGUCAACAGUCGAUGUUGCGACCAACCUGAAAUUUGCGAACGUUGCGCGCAUUUCACGCACCUAUCUAGAAACGCCCACAAAGUUCAAAAGCGGGUCCUCUUCGAAUGAGCGAGAACAGGUGGUUGAGUUUGACGCGCUGUGGUUCGUCAAGGAAGUGAGUCUGAAGCAGCUGGCCGCGGUCCGCCUCUUGUUCUCGCAGGCUUCCUUCCGUGGCACUCUGAAGUCCAAGCUUAUCGAGCAGGCCGGCGCAGCAUCGCAUCAUCCUGAACUAAUCUUUCCAAAACAGGAGGCGCUGUUGGUGCACACGGUUAGACAGUUGUCGCACACUGAAUUCAGCGCCAACGUCGCCGUUGGUCCGAAGAGUGCGUUCGCGUGCAAAAGUUUCUGGGUACUAUUCACAAUAUGCAUUCUCAUGAUAGCUUUUUGCCUGCGCUCCACUUUUUCUUGAAUGUGGCUUGCAGAUUCGCAUGAUGAACAAGGUUGUAACACCAAUGUCUAAUGUGAUGAAAGACGUUCUGUUUGCCCUCGGCAACGGACUGACUUUUUGUCGCGUUUCAUACAUCGAAGGAUCCUUUGUCCGGACCAUUUCAAACUUGAUCGCGCAAUAGUAAUGAUCUCUGUAGGCAAUCACAAAUACUGCAUUGAGGCCAAUGAAACUUUUCUGUUCUUUCUAAAAUGCAUUUGCUACAAUAGGGAGUCCGUUUCAAUACAUAGUACACUUUCUGUUUCCGUCACUGGAGUGUCGCUUGCGAAUCCGUUAAACGCUUUUUGUAUCGAUCAUUUUUUUUAGGAUUCCGACGGGCGGCUGAAGGCGAGUGAGUGGGAUGGGUGGAACGCAAAAAACGUUCCUGCGUGGUGGAACCCGAAGAAGAAAGAGUGGGAGUUUGCCGAUCCGUCAAUGACCAAGGAGCGCUUCGAUAAGGAGAUGAUCGAAGCACAUAUUCAGUCCGGCGGCGUGCGCAAGUGUUCGCUCGACUACAUCGCAGAGACGUGUCUCCGUGAGAAGAAGGGCGACCAACCGUUUAUGUACAAGGGACACUACUAUACAAGCUUUUUCCGCAAGAUGUUUCCUCACACGCGAGAGCCCUUUUUCUUCCUCGGCGGAGGUCCCUUCCCGUUCAAGGACGAGAAUGGCAACAUGCACUCCCGCGAUGACUUCGAAAUGAACGCAACGUUUGCGGGUAGGGGAACCUACCACCUACGGUUUGGCAACUGUGCGCCACCUGAGUGCAGCCGCAUUGACAACGGCGCAGACGACAGCCACGAGUACGGCUUCUCAAUGUGGUCGGCAAACCGGCCCAAGUUCGCGGCGAUUGAGUCAUUCGUGCGACCAACAGCUAAAGACGACGACGGCACCACCUGGUGGAACGCGUGGGAUACUCCACACAAGCUACGCUGGAACGCCAUGCGCAUGGCAUAUUACGAGAACGGCGCGUUUGAAGACGGCAUGUAUGCGGUCGAACCCCCAUGGUUUCCGACCACGGAUACGGAGGGGAACCCGUUUCCGCGGCCACCGAGCUACGAGUUCCUGCGGGACGAGACAAAGAACAACAAAGAUAUUUCGAAAUAUGCGUUCACCCCACUGUUCGAUCGGGACUUCGCACAGAGAAAGAAGACUGACUAUUUCUACUUCGACGACACCCUUGGGGAGGAAACGCUGCUCAAGUUUCGUCUUCGCAACGCGGCCAGCAACGGCCAAAACAACCUUUUGCCGGUGAUGGUCGUGCAUGAGCUGGGCUACGAGUGGCACUCGGAUCCACCUCGCUGCAAUGAGGGCUACCGCAAGAAGGAGUCGACCAUUCGCGCACGAAAAGACAUACUAAAAACUAAGCUUCUGUCGGCGGUUGCCAAGGGUACGUUCGAGGCCGCGGGCGUGGAGAUUGUAGCGGAUGCGCAAGUUCCGGCGGCGCCUGCACUUGAGCAGGCCGCGUUCGCUGACGUCGGGCUCGCGACGGAGGACCUCACGUCUCUCUUGGAGCUCUCAAUGGACUGGGUGGAAGGCGAAGCUGCUGAGAAGUUGGACUGGUUGCAGAUGAGCGCGAGCUUCGCGCUGCCGGUGGCUUCCGACAUGCUGUCCGCGGCGGUGGAAGCCAUUCCCACCGGCAUUGAUGGGGCCGCGCCGUUGGUGACGCCACGGCGGCGGAAGUUCGAGAGCAUUGUGAACGCAGAACUUGAGCAACUCCGCCAAGACGACGCAGACGUGCUCGGCCGCACCAGCAUGCUGCAAUUGGCAACCGGGAACACCGGAAGCGCGGUGCAGCAUCGAUUCUACCAGACCGGCAUGCAUUUCGAGGACUUCACCGGCGUUGCGUCCGGCAUCAAUGCCACGUUCUGGGGCUACUACGACACGAUCGAUGAGGUGGUGGAACGCAGUGUCGCUGCUGUGUUGCAGAGCGAGGCGCCGCCAGUGCUUCCCUUCAGACUGAAUCAGGGCGACAUUUCGCUGUCGCCAGUGGUGCCAAAUUUUGGCGCAAUGCGCUCGGGAAUGAGCCUGGUGUUGCCUUUGAGCAGUCUGAAGGCCAUUCCGAGCGGACCGGUGGCACAAACAAAUGCAGGCGACGCACAAGGCCUUGCGGUCAAACUGGCGAAGGCAUUCGCUGGCGCGGCUGCGCCACGCAUGAGGAACAUCGGGCGCGCGAUCAGCCGCAAUGCAGUGGAAAUACCUUGGAAGGUCGACCAGUCCGACACUCCGUACUCUCUGGUUAACGCUGCCGCCGAUGGCGCCUCAGCGCGCAACCAAAUCAGCUUUGUAUCAGGUAGAUUUUCUGUCGCUUUUGUGGAUAGCGCAAGGUUUUCGCUUACUGAUAACGCUGACUCCACGUUCUACACUAUUGAGGCGGGCCUCGGUCCCCUUUCCGCGGCAAACACCACAGGCAAUGAGUUUUUGGAGGACGUGAGUCGGGCAGCCUCGGAAGCUAUCAUGGAUCGGCUGCGCCUAUCACGCCCAGCUCACCAAGUGCCCAAAGACGUGCCCGUGGUGGCUUACUGGACGAGCGGGGUGAGCGCGGUGGAGAUUCUGGCGACCUGUUUCGAUUCUGACUUUGAGGAGAGCGGUGCGACC